CAAGUUUAGAACACAUAUUGCAAAUGGCGUAGAAGGUGGAUUUUUAAAAUCGUCCGUAAAAAAUCGAAUAUUUAAUAAAACGUAACGAAUUUUUGAAUUAAAACCUGAGCAAAAUCUUACGUUCAUUGUGUUUUAAUGUGAAUUGAUGAAGUGCAUUUGAUUUGGGCAUUAAUUUGCCAUUAAUGAACGGAAAGUUGCACCAUCGACAAACACUUAGUUCGAACACUGGGUGUUUUGCUUUCACAAACAUAAGUUUGUAAACAAUAUAAGUCCGAGGCGUAAAGAAUAUAAUUUUGGCAGUGGUUUUUCAUGCACAGUUGACUUUAGUCCACGCUGUAAGCGGUUCCGAAUCGACCAUGAAUGAACUCGGAAGCAAUGUUAAAGACAGCCAUCCCGGUCCAUCAGCAUGGGAUCAAUUAGUAGCACCACAAGUACAAACAGAUUUGUUGCCUAUUAAUAAUAUUGCACCACCCACAACACCCAAUAAGUCAUCGCACUUGGACAUUGCACAUACGCCCGGUUCCGUGCCCAUCUAUUCGGAGGAGCUCAGUCACGACCUGGUCAAUCAGGGAUGGCGUAAAUACUGGUCGAAACGCGAAAAUCGGCCGUACUUCUGGAACAAAGUCAGCGGUGAAUCUCUGUGGGAGAUGCCAUCAUCGAAUCGGUUCGAUCCGUUGACAGAUCCGCUGGGAAUCUGCAACACCGGUCAGAAUGGACCACAAACACCGUCUCCGUCGCCGCACACUUCGACGCUGAAACGGAGAGCGUCCGAGGACACAACCAGUCCCGGCCAUAAUAAUCCGAAUGCACCUCCGCUGAAGAAAUUUGUGUUAACUGGUCCAUGGGAUCUGGAAGUUCCGACGAAUGUGCUAAUCGUUGAACGUCCGCCGACUCUUCUGCCGCAUCCGCAUCCGGAAAUCGAAGCUAUGCGCGCCGCAUACGUUGUCAAAUUGAUCAAAACGUACGAGGAUCUGUGUAUGCGUCGACAGAAUAUCAAAUCGCCGCGUGAGUCAUUCAACAGAUGGCUUAUGGAACGAAAGGUUAUCGAUCGUGGAUUUGAUCCGCUGCUUCCCAGUCAUUGUGUACCUGAAAUCUCCCCGUCGAUGUACAGAGAGAUUAUGAACGAUAUUCCACUAAAAAUUGUUAAACCAAAAUUUACUGGCGACGCACGCAAGCAACUCUCUAAAUACGCUGAAGCAGCUAAGCACAUAAUCGAAUCGCAAUCAGCUAAGGCAGAAAGUAAAAAAAUAGUGAAAUGGAAUGCAGAGGAAACCUUUCAAUGGCUACGACGAACGGUCGGUGCUAGCUAUGAAGACUUUCAGGAUCGAUUGAGUCAUCUAAAACGUCAGUGUGAACCUCACCUAAUUGAAACGGUUAAGUCAAAUGUCGAAGCGUUAUGCGUCAAAAUCUAUCACCUAUCGGCAGAGAAUGCGCGCAAGAUUCGCGAUCGACACAUUCAGCUACUUAAAGACAAUGGAAUACAUGAACCAACGCUACCACCUGCGCCACCAGUUCUGCGGAAGGUGUGGUGCUAUUCUGUCCAAUUUUCGGUUCCUUCUCCACGAAUGCCACUCGUCGAGUACACUCCCAAUCCCAAUCGUGAUCAAAUGGAAAUCAAGUACACCCAUGCGUUUAUGUCACAACCGGAUGUACAGUCAAUCAACUUAACACAUCUACAGAAAUUGGAACAACUGUACCGAUACAAUUGCUACGACGACAAAAAAUUUGACUUGUUCAUCGCUCGCGUCUGGUGUUUGCUGAAACGUUAUCAAUCAUUUCUGGGCAACUUAACGACAACGUCACAAGAGUGUGAGGCAACGCAGGCAGCGCUACCAGUCAGUGUAUUCGAAUGUUUACAGCGACAUUUCGGUGUAUCGUUCGAAUGCUUCGCGAGCCCGAUGAACUGCUAUUUUCGCCAAUAUUGUUCGGCGUUUUACGACGUGGACUCGUAUUUCGGUUCAAGGGGUCCGUUUUUAGAGUUUAAGCCUGUGUCUGGAUCGUUUCAACUGAAUCCGCCUUACUGUGAAGAACUGAUUGACGCAACGUUACAACACAUUGACAGGCUGCUGACGGAUUCGCAUGAACCUUUAAGUUUUAUUGUUUUCCUACCAGAAUGGAAAGAACCGCCGCUACAGUGUUUGAAUCGGAUAGAAGAAAGUCAUUUCAAGAGAAAAUCAGUCGUCGUACCAGGAAUGGCACACGAAUUCCGUCAUGGAUAUCAACAUGUCUUACCCAAAUCGGACAUUUACAUCAAAUGCAUUCACGGCACAAUGGUCGUAUGGCUGCAGAACAACAGCGGAUUCUCACGAUGGGGUCCGACCGAAAGCCGUGUCGACGCCCUGCUGGAAGCGUUUCGUCCGGUGCGAGAGAAAGAACGCGAACGACUGCAGCAGCAAUUGAGUCAACAACAUGAUGCCGUUCCCGAUGUACAGGAACCAAAGACGCCGACAUCAAUUUAGUGUAGUGGGUGUGGGUAGAGAAAAUUUCGGGUUGUUUAUAAUAGUGAACGUAAGAAUGAUGCUUCCGGUUCCCAUACACACACACACAUAUACACAACAUACACACACACACACACGCUGCCAUAUUUAUUUAAAAUAUCUACUGUGUUCUAGUUGGAGUCCUUUUUACACCCGUUUAGGUCCUACACACACAAAAAAGUGACGUUCAAUUUCAUAAACAAAGAAACAAUUUCACUAAUCAUGCGCACGUGAUGUUUCGCAUAUCCACAGCCGUAAUAACCAAAUUUUCAUUUUAUUCGGAAAUUUAACGCGAAAUUGUGUCCCAAGGUUGUGAUUCAAAUAUGAGCCAUAAAGUGACCGGUGCAGUUUCUGUAUUCUGUGCUCUGUUGACAUUUCGGUCUUGGACCCUUUACUCUAACAAUUAACGUCUGUCAGUGCUUUCAUUGCCGGAAGGCCUACCUUAACUGGACAACUGUUCAAUGUUAUUGACUAACUAUCAAUAAAAGCUGUGAGCUGUGUGGGCAACACUUCUGCUUUAUCCAAGUCAACAGCUGCGCUCAUUCUGCUCAUUUUGAGUAACAGAUGGCCGAGCGAUUGUAUAAAAUUUAAAUCAAAAACACGACGAAAAAUCCAGUGAAUGUCUUUCAAAAUGUGUAAUCUUAGGUCACAGAUUUA